CAAAACAUUGCAAGCAGCUUCAUCUAUCAUGCCUGAAAGUAUUUGCGAUGUUCUUCCAUUCAAGCAACCGAUAUGAUAAAGAGGACACAAAAAUGCUUAAAGACAUUCAACAAGCAAUCUAUAGUCCUCUACAUGUUGGAAGAACAUCAAAGGUAUUGACAAAGAAGCCUGUUGCUUCUUAUUCUGGUUCAAAAGAACAUAGAAUAAUCAACUAUGAAUUUGGUCAGCACUCCAAAUAUCACAGCAGGAGAGUCAUAGCCAGACUUUUCUCGCCAAUAUCAAGGCGUGGAUGUGAUAUUUUGUUCAUGCAACCAAAAUUUAAACUGUCUUUAGUUUGAAACAGUAUUUACUAGAUGUAACAUCGCAAAAGUAGUAUAUCUCUUGAGCAAUAAUGUUCUCAAUGAAUGUCAUGUACCCUUGUUUUCUUCAAUAUCUAUGCAAUAAGAAAAAUGGAAAUCCUAA